AUGUUUGGCUGUAAAGCUAAAGUCGGAUUAAAUAGUAUUCCUAAAAAAGCGCUAGUUGAACUGUCAACAGAAGAAGAACUAGAAUCUAUACUGAAUGAAGACGAAAUCCAGUUGAAUAAGGAGAGGGAAACCGAACCCAAUAUUACCGACGCUGUGAUUAAUGAAGAUGAAGAAAUAGAAAGCGAUACUACAAUUUUAAACACUGAUUCGCCAAAUAUAAUUCCAAAUAACCUGACAGGAAAAUCUGAUAAAGAGACCGAAAACCAAGGAAAUACUGCAGAUCCGUCAAAAAUAACGCAAAGUGACCAAAAAAUAGUAAUAGCUCUCGAUAAAAAGAAACGAGAUAUAGGAAACAUCAGAAAAUUAGUUGGACAAUCUCUGAAAAAUCAAGCAGAUAAAAUGUUAGCUCUAUCUUCGGUAAAAUAUCCUGCUGUUAAUACAGGCUUUAAUGUAGUGGUAAAAAUUCCUGAUGUAGACCACGCCAAAGCCGAUGAUAGGAACAUUAUGGCUGUUGUAAUUUCUCGGAGACAGAAGGAAUGUAUAAGUUAG